AAAUCUUUAGUAUGGGGCGGGGCUUGGAUGACGACAUGGCGAAUAGUGGGAGAAAAGGGGGUGGGUGUGAUUUCGUUGUCGGUCGCGCAAGGUUUCUUCGGUUAGUUGAGUUUGAGCCGCCGGUACGGCAACAACCUCGACAGCACCCUGCUCAAUCGCCAUUCGAAGCCGAAGAAACUUUCACGCUACGACGCGGCAGUUAUGCCGCUUUUGCAUCAGGAUAAUAGUCGCAGUGGCGGCUCCAGAGAAAACCGUCGGUCGCGAGACUUCGUCGGUCUAGACGCCACGCAGUUCGUCGAAGCUGCCGCUACCCCCAAAACUAGCGGGCCACAUGACGGCGACAACGGUUGGCGCUGGGAGUCGCCGGGCAGCCCGGAGGCGGCGCAGACUCCGCGCUCGCUAGUGCCCUCCGCCUGCUUCCCGCCGCAUCACCCCACGCAGUACGUUAGCUACAGCGAGAGCGCUCGGCCGGGCAACUGGAGCGAUGAUCCUCCCGGACAGGACAUCACGAGCCUUGUUGCAUCUUUAAAGGCGCUGGCGAUGCCGAGCAACAACUUGCGCGCCAACAUGUACACCUCGCGACUCAGCUGCGAGCGACUUGACACUGUAGAUCGUUGGCCGCCAGAGGGCGCGCGCACGCAGAAACGUGACCGCGAACGUGACGCUUCACGCCGCGCCUCCUUUUGUGGCGUAUCAGACAUCGGGGGCGGGGCUAACGCAGGCGCGGGGGGCGGGGCGGUCCGCUGGAGUGGCACGCUACCGGCGCGGCCGCUGGACACGAGCGCGGGGUUCUCGCCCAAGGUGUUCAUCGGCGGCCUGCCCUGGGACAUCUCCGAGCACGCGCUGCUGCAAGCGCUUAAGCCCUUCCAGCCGCUCAAGGUGGAGUGGCCGGGUCGCGGGUGCGGGGGCGGGGCGGGGGGCGGGAGCCCGCGCGGGUUUGCGUACGUGACGCUGGAGAGCGAGCGCCGCGUGCGCGCGCUGCUCGCCGCCUGCCGCGUCGACGGCCCGGACUGGUACUACCGCGUCAGCUCCCGGAAUACAAGGACUAAAGAGGCGCAGGUGAUCCCGUGGGCGGUGGCGGACAGCAACUGGUGCGGGGGCGGGUCGGUGCGGCUGCAGCCCGCGCGCACCGUGUUUGUAGGCGCGCUGCACGGACAGCUGUCGGCCGCCGCGCUCGCGUACAUCAUGAACGAACUCUUCUCCGGUGUCGUUUAUGCUGGUCUAGACACGGACAAGAACAAGUACCCGAUCGGCUCUGGCCGCGUGACGUUCAACAACGUGCGCUCGUACGUGCGCGCCAUCUCCGCCGCAUACGUCGAGAUUUGCACCGACAAGUUCACUAAAAAGGUGCAAGUGGACCCGUAUUUGGAGGACUCGAUGUGUUCGGUGUGCAACCUCAAGCAGGGGCCGUACUUCUGCAGGGACCCGAUGUGCUUCAGGUACUUCUGUCGGUCGUGCUGGGCGUGGCAGCAUUCGGGCGACGAGCACAAGCCGCUCAUGCGCAGCUCCAAGACGCACGCGCCGCGCCUCGACGCGCCGGCCCUGCCCAAUACCCCGCAGAAUUCAAACGCGUUGAAUUCCAAUAACGUGCUAAACUCAAAUGCGCUGAAUUCCAACGCGAUGAAUUCAAAUAACGCUCUGAACAUGAACGCGUUGUACGACAGUAUGUACGACAGCGGCGGGCAAUACAACGGCGCGCCUUACAACAGCCCGCCCGCGCCGUACGCCAAUCAGUUCUAUAAUGGUGCUUUCGGCCCUAAUGAAGCGACGCCGUCCCCGCCCACGAGCGGCGCGAGCGGCGCCAGCGGCUCGCUGGAGGAAGCGGGCGAGGGCGCGGAUUCGUUGUCGAGUCGCUAUUAAGUUCGGCGUUUCGUCAGCUUUUUAUCCCCUUCCGAUGGCAUUCUGAUUCUCGAUACCAAUUAAGCUAUAGCGUGCUUCUUGGAAACGUUGUCGAUUACGUGACUUCAAUUUGACAAUUACUUUGACCCGAAGCGUGUUAUAGGUUAUGAUUUACGCCAAGAGCCAUUCCAAAUCAAAAUUAUGCAUAAUUAUAAGGUGAACUUUUAAAUCAAACGUUUUAACGCCUGCUGGUUUUAACUCCUUGUUACAAUUUUAAAUAUCAUUUUAUAAGGCUUUUAAAGAUGUAUCAAUUUUUAUAGGAUUUUAGCCGAAUAAUGUAAAGCUGAUUUUAACUUCAAGGAUGGCUUAUUGA